AUGGUUUCGUCUUACCCCUUACCGGAGGGCUUCUCCGAGUUCGAUGUGUUCUCCCUGGGAUCGUGUCUGCUGGUGGAGGGUCUGCUGGGCUUCUUUUUAAACGCGCUGACGAUCGUCGCUUUCCUCAAGGUGCGAGAGCUGCGGACCCCCAGCAAUUUCCUGGUGUUCAGCUUAGCGAUGGCUGACAUGGGCAUCUCCAUGAACGCCACCGUCGCCGCUUUCUCCAGCUUCCUGAGGUACUGGCCUUAUGGCUCCGAGGGAUGCCAGACUCACGGUUUCCAGGGCUUCUGCACAGCUCUGGCCAGCAUCCACUUUAUCGCCGCCAUCGCCUGGGACAGAUACCACCAGUACUGCACCAGGACGAAGCUGCAGUGGAGCAGCGCCAUCACUCUGGCUGUGUUCGUCUGGCUCUUCACCGCCUUCUGGGCCGCCAUGCCCCUCAUUGGCUGGGGAGAGUACGACUACGAGCCCCUCAGGACCUGCUGCACUCUGGACUACAGCAAGGGGGACAGAAACUACGUGUCCUACUUGCUCCCCAUGUCAGUCUUCAACAUGGCCAUCCAGGUGUUUGUCGUCAUGUCCUCGUACCAGUCCAUUGCACAGAAAUUCAAGAAGACCGGAAACCCAAGGUUCAACCCCAACACUCCUCUUAAGACUAUGCUGCUCUGCUGGGGCCCCUACGGCGUCCUGGCUUUCUACGCCGCCGUGGAGAACGCCAACCUGGUCUCACCCAAGCUCAGGAUGAUGGCUCCUAUCCUGGCAAAGACCUCUCCCACCUUCAACGUCUUCCUGUACGCUUUGGGAAAUGAGAACUACAGAGGCGGCAUCUGGCAGUUCCUCACCGGGGAAAAGAUUGAUGUGCCUCAAAUUGAGAACAAGUCCAAAUAAACUGAGCAUACAAUAAUCACA